AUGGACCGCGACUUUUACUCGUUCGUCCGCUUGUCGGAUCUCCAUCUGAAUCUUACCUUCCGCAUAUCUUCGCUUCAAGGCAAGCUCGACCGCCUGACCCGGACACAGCUACUGGAACAGCCAGAAAGCCGUCAUUGGGGAGCACAGCUAUCACGAUAUCCCGACUUGUUCGUCGAAUGCCAGCUCUUUUCGGACAACAAGCCACUCAGCAUCGCGGUGAAAACCGCGUACAAGCCGUUCCGCAACAAUCACCAGUGGAACGAAUGGGUGACGUUACCAUACAAGCUCUGCGACCUACCUCUCGGUGCUCAACUUGCUUUCACUAUCUACGAUGUGGCUUCAAGCAACGCCUUGCGCAUCAUUGGUGGAACAACGCUGCGCCUGUUCAGCAAAAAAGGCACGCUCAAGUCGGCGCAGCACAGGCUUUUUGUGUGGAAGGGCGUCAAGGCGAAUGGAGGCAUCGAGAGCGCUACACCGAGCAAGGUCGGGGAGAUGAAAGACGAGAUGGGUCGACUCGAGAAGCUCAUCAAGCGACAUGAGCGUGGCGAUCUUCCCCGCGUCGACUGGCUCGACAAGCUUGCGUAUCGUCAAGUCGAGAAGGUCUACCAGGUCGAAAGCCAGUCGAGCGAUCGGCUCUUUCUGUACGUUGAUUUGCCGAGAUUCGAGCUUCCCAUCGUCUAUUGCGAAGCGGAGUCCAUUCUUCCGUCAGCAGAUGUCUCCAAUGGGCUUUCGAUGCUCUCUGGGCCGCUCGUUGGUCCGAGUCCUGGCACGGCUCCUAUUGGAGCAGGAGGCGCCUACAACGAUCACGGUGGUACCGCUGCGCAAGGCGGCCACGGGAGUGGGCUCUCAACAGCAUCUGGUAAUCCCUCUUCGGCAGCGGCUGCAGCGGCUGCUGCCGCUGCCGCGCUUUCAAACAGCGAUCCGAAUCGAAUCACAUCUUCCUUGUUUACGAUCUUCGACCCGGAAAUCGCACGGUCCAAUCCAGUCGAAGCCAAGUACCGUCGACUUGUGCGAUCGCAUCGGUCGGGACCACUCGACCGCGAGCUCAAGCCAUCUGCAGAGGUGCGAGACGAGCUUAACGAAAUCCUGUCGUAUCCGCCCACGCGCGUGCUCACCUCGGCAGAGAUGGACAGAGUGUGGUCGUUCAGGUUCUACUUGGCACGCGAUCCAAAUGGUCUGACCAAAUUUCUCAAGUCGGUCGUGUGGACCGACCAAGGCGAAGCAAAACAGGCGACGGAGGUGUUGCUGCCGAUGUGGACCGAGCCGGGCCUGGAUGACGCGCUGGAGCUGCUUGGGCCUACGUUCAAAGAUCCACGUGUUCGCUCGUACGCCGUUCGACAGCUGGAGCGUGCCGAGGACGAAGAGCUGAUCCUCUACCUGCUGCAACUGGUGCAGGCGCUCAAAUUCGACAAGCCUGUGACUCGCAGUGCCGGAGGGCUUGCAGGCUCGGCUCUCGGUGAUCGUGAGCAAGAUGCGCGCCGACCGCCUGCGAAUCUGCAUCCAGCGAGCUCUCCUUCCCACUCGCUCACCAACGAUGCAGCGGACAAUGACAGCAGUGGUCUCGCUGAGUUUCUCAUCCGACGAGGCCUGUCGAAUCCCCUGCUGGGCAACAACUUGUAUUGGUAUCUUGAGGUGGAGUGCGAGGAUCCGAAGACAGGGUCGCUGUUCAAGACGGUCAAACGGCGGUUCUUGGAUCGGUUGGGAGCCGAGAGGAGGGAAACCCUGUCAAGGCAGGCGACGCUGCUAGCUACGCUUUCCCGGCGAGCCAAGGAGCUUCGUUCCAAUCGGGACGCGAGGCCCAAGAAGAUUGAAAAGCUGCGCGCCCUUAUAGCGGAUCCCAAGAAUGGCUUAAACCGCUUCGAGCCGCCUUUGAUGUUGCCUCUGGAUGCAUCGAUUUCGGUGACUGGAAUCGUGGCGGAGAAGAGUACCAUCUUCAAAAGCAAUCUGUUCCCACUUCGACUGGAGUUCACGACUGCGGUUCAAAGUACGGUCAGCUCGGGCGCAAGCGAUGGCGACAGAAGCGGUCAUUUGCCGGACAGCAUUACAUCGAGUCUGAUCGAGGAUGACGAAGUGGGUUCAUUGAUCAACGACGAGUCGCCCGCAACGGCUGCAAAAGAUGCGAGGGAUAAGAGCGCGGUCGGGCAGUACACGCUCAUCUUCAAAAAUGGCGACGACUUGCGGCAGGAUCAGCUGGUGAUCCAGUUGUUCUCGUUGAUGGAUCGACUGUUGAGGAACGAGAACCUGGAUCUCAAAAUGACGCCGUACCGCGUGCUCGCUACGGGCAGCAUCGACGGUAUGGUGCAGUUUGUCGAUUCGCUCUCCAUCGCCGGGAUCCUCUCUGCGCACCAAGGAUCUCUCCUCAACUUCUUGCGAGCUCAUCAUCCUCAGCCCACUUCGCUAUCAACGUAUGGCGUCGACGCUACCGUAUUCGACACAUUCAUUCGCUCCUGUGCCGGCUAUUGCGUCGUGACAUACCUCCUGGGCGUGGGAGACCGACACCUGGACAACCUGCUCCUCUCUUCCGACGGCCACUUCUUCCACGUCGAUUUCGGAUACAUCCUCGGACGCGACCCAAAACCGUUCCCGCCGCCCGUCAAAGUGUGCAAGGAGAUGGUCGAUGCGAUGGGCGGUACCCAGUCACCGCACUAUGCGCGCUUCAAGGCGUUCUGUUACACGGCAUUUACCAAUCUGCGCAAGAACGCGAAUCUGAUUCUCAACCUCGUCGCGCUCAUGGUGGAUGCCAAUAUCCCGGAUAUCCGCCUGGAGCCAGAUAAGGCGGUGCUCAAGGUGCAGGAUAAGUUUUUGCUGCAUCUGAGCGAGGAUGAGGCGAUCAAGGAGUUCGAAGGGUUGUUAAACGAGACGAGUUAUUUGUCGACCAUGUUUGAUCGGCUGCACGACAUGGCACAGUACUUCAGGCAGUGA